GUCCUGAUAGUGGAGUCUCUGAACUGUGAGCGGUGAAUAACUGUAACACACAUCACAACUCUAUAAUAACUAGUUUAAUCAUCAGAAACACAUAAGUAACGUUUUUUUUUGUUAUCGCGCUUGCUGUAAUAAAUAGAGAUAAUCUGAAACUCGGUCUAGAGUGUCUGAAUGCAAUCUAACCGUGAUAUUUUAUUACAUGCCCUUUAUGUGGAGGAGGAGAACUUUCUGCAGGUCUCAGAACUGAAAGCUCUGUUCAGCACAAGCCUCAGCAGGGCUGGGCGUGCUGAGUCCCUUCAUCCGUCAAGAAAACGCCAAAAAUAGCCCGGGCCUGGCGGUUUACCCUCCGGAAAAACACACUGCACACACAGCAGCGGAGCAAUGGCUGCCGUUUUCCCAAUAACCCAGCAGAUCUCCAGUUCAGCCCCGCAGAGCAGCCGAGCCGCGGCCCAGCUCAGUGUCAGCGAGGCGGAGGACUGUCUGAUAUAUGACCGGCACGGAGCUCCGGCUCCUUUUAGGAGUUUAUUCCAGAGCAGCAGAGCUAUCAUCAUUUUUGUAAGAAAUUUCUUGUGCUUCGCAUGUAAAGAAUAUGUUGAAGAUCUAAGCAAGAUAUCACAGAAGGCAUUACUGGAUGCUGGCGUCCGGUUGGUUGUCAUUGGCCAGGCCUCUUGUUCUCAUAUAGAGGCAUUCUGCUCUCUGACAGGAUAUCAGCAUGAAAUAUAUGUUGAUCCAGAAAGACAAAUCUAUAAAAAACUUGGCAUGAAAAGAGGAGAGACGUUUAUGGAAACAGCCUCCAAGAGUCCACAUGUCAAAUCCAGUAUGCUUGUUGGCAGUUUGAAGAGCAUGUGGCGUGCCAUGACCAGCCCUGUGUUUGAUUUCCAAGGAGAUCCUCUCCAGCAAGGAGGAGCUAUCGUUGUUGGUCCAGGUUCUGAUGUUCAUUUUGCACAUUUUGACAUGAAUCGAUUUGAUCAAGCACCCAUCAACCAAUUACUAGAGCUGGCUGGAAUGCAGAUGGUGGACUUUAACAGACAUCCCAAAGUUAUUGACAUCUAAGAAAAGACAUGAUUGUGAAAAGACUAGGAAUCACAAAUUUAUUUAAACAAUUAACCCAUAGCUUAAGCUAUUCAGUUAUCAUGUAUUACCAGUAUUUUAUUCACACCUCAACGACAACUCAACCCAGUUGAGUUCAGUAAAUUAAUUUUGACAUUUUGUUUAAGUUCAUGCAAUACAAAGUAUAUUCAUUGCAGACUGAAGAGUGCUUAAACUGAAACAUGUACAGCCUCUAAAAGAGGAUCCAGCUCAGUUUUACUGAAGGUAAGCUGCUGGUAGAGCAAUGGAGACCUCAGAAGCUCAUUCACCCAGAGUAAAAACAAAAAAAGUGAAGCAAGCCACGAAGCCAAAUAGGAACGCAAUAGAGGCUGUGCAAAAAAUAGGAUUAAUAGAGGAUUGGGGUUGGGACAGUGCAGAGAGCUUUGUGACCUGAAAAGGCUCGCUGAACAUAACCUGGAAUCGGAUUUAUGUGCUCUGACAGGAGACCGCAUCACACCUGCACAGUUUAAAAUGAUUCUUCUGCAUGCUCACAAAAUCCCAAAACUUAAUCAGCUUUCUAAGAAUUUUAAACCCCUUUCCUUCUCAACUGAGGCUAAACGGUGUCCAAUCUUAUCCACAAGAGACAAGUGGUGUUUUUUGUAAUAAAGGAAUUCAUAAUUUUCUAAACAAGUCAUCCAAGUUUUUUUAUUUUAUUAUUUUUUUUUUUAAAUAAAGGUUGCUUCUCUGAUCUUUUUAAUGGACCUUUGUCAGCUGGCCAUGUUAAUUUUGCUCCCUGUGAAGAAAGAUUGUGAAACAAGGAAGUGGAUUAGAUGAUAUGAUUAAUGACAUGGACACAAUACAGGCUUUAUUUUUUUUUUUAAGAAACCCAUGCUAUAGUCAAUUGUUUAGAAUGCAAAGUUAUUCAUUUAAGCAUUUUCUAGAGUAGGCAUCAUGGCCAAAACACUUGUAGUCAUUUGUUUCAUGACCAUUUAUGUGGCUGCUGAAUCCUAUAAAGCAUUUUUAAAACUACUCAGAUGUGCAGAUUGGCUAGUUGAAUCUGUUUAGUUUCUUUACUGAAAACUUGCAAACAGACAAUUUAUUAAAGACAAAACUUACAAAA